AUGAAGAAGAAGACGAAGAAGAAGAAGCAGCAGCAGCUGCAGCUGUUUAUCUUCAGUCAGCACGGUUCAGUGGUCAAUACAGGGUUUGGGUGGUUUUCAGUUUGAAACGUCAUUGAGUCAGUGUCCCUUCUGCGUAAUAGCCUAGAAGCGCUAAAGAUUCGGUGUUGUACGUCUGGACCAAAGGCUCCGAUUGUUUUCGUCGCUGUUCUGGUGCUUUACGUUGCAGAAGAAUAUGGUUUUCUCAUCGUCUCAACAAGUGGUGGUCGCAUUUACGGCGGUGUUAUUUGCGUUUGUGGUGUUCCCUAGAAUGUUCGGCGUAGGGUCCGGGGCGAAGGAAACAAGAGGUUUUGAUGCACGCUACAACAGAAAAGGUUGCAUGAAUUAAAAAUGGUAUUGGAUUUGGCAAUGUGACGCCACCGUCAUAUUGUGUAGGCCUAUACAAUGUUUUGCUCUUGCCAUGGUAUAUUUGUUUAGUAGCCUAACGUUUUACUAUGUUCAAACUUGUCAAACUUAUUAAAAACAAGAUAUCUGUCUAUUUGUAAAAGUGUGCAGCAUGGUAGCCUCUUAAGCCUUUAGCAAUAAGACAACUGUCAUGAAUAGGCCUGUUUAUCAUCAUCAUCAUCAUCAUCUUCUUCUUCUCUCAUGUGUUAUUUCCCAGUGGGUCCGGGACCUGGACCAGGACCAGGUGCAGUGAGAGGGCAGCCGGUCAACAAGAACACGGCCGGCUCCAUGAACAAAGCUCAGACCCUGGAGAACAUGCAACAGAUGAAGAUGAUGAUGGAGCAGGAGAUGAAGGGUGACAAAUACAAAACCAACAGCAACAAGGGCUACGUGUUCACGCUGAUGCCACUCUACGCCAUCGGAGUCGGCCUCUUUGCAGCGUACACAUUUCUGAAGGUAUCGGCUGGAGCAGGAAUUCCACCAUUGAAAAAUGUUGUAGCAAUGAUGAUUGUGAUGAGGUUGCUUGGUGAUAUCUCUAAACAUGCAAGCAUGCAUGCACACACACACACACACACACACACACACACACACACACAGACAGAGAGCAGGAUUGGAGUAAAGUUGAUUGCUAAUCAGAGCAAACGUGAUUGUGUGAACUAUGGUAAUACUGGCAGUCUGAGCCUGAGUCGACUAAACACACAUACUGCUCAGACUUUAAAAUUGAUGUCUCCCUUCUAUCUCCAAGAUCAAGUCUGCAGAUGACUCCCAAGCCCAAAAGAAGAAGGAUGCAAAAGGUCCCAAGAAGUCGGAGGAGACAGGUGUGUGCUGUAUCUGUGGUGUGUGCUGUGUCUGUGGUGUGUGCUGUGUCUGUGGUGUGUGCUGUGUCUGUGGUGUGUGCUGUGUCUGUGGUGUGUGCUGUGUCUGUGGUGUGUGCUGUGUCUGUGGUGUGUGCUGUGUCUGUGGUGUGUGCUGUGUCUGUGGUGUGUGCUGUGUCUGUGGUGUGUGCUGUGUCUUUGGUGUGUGCUGUGUCUGUGGUGUGUGCUGUGUCUGUGGUGUGUGCUGUGUCUGUGGUGUGGGCUGUAUCUGUGGUGUGGGCUGUAUCUGUGGUGUGUGCUGUGUCUGUGGUGUGGGCUGUAUCUGUGGUGUGGGCUGUAUCUGUGGUGUGUGCUGUGUCUGUGGUGUGGGCUGUAUCUGUGGUGUGUGCUGUGUCUGUGGUGUGUGCUGUGUCUGUGGUGUGUGCUGUAUCUGUGGUGUGUGCUGUAGCUGUGGUGUGCCACAAGGGUCUGUUUGCAUACCUUUGUUUAUCUUCCCUGUCAUGCAGAUGCUUUUUUACAUGGUUUUACAUGCUGGUGGCUUUGUAUCUUUCCAUAGAGAAUCAGCUUACAGAGCUGGAGCAGCGGCUAGCGCAAACAGAGAAGAUGCUCAACUCCAUUCUCACCCAACUGGACCCAUUGACAAGUUGGUAAGUAAGCCAACUCACCCGUUAAACUACAGAGCUCCGGUUUGUCUUCUGUUUCUGUGUAAAUAUUGCUCUGUAAAUAUCACCCCAUGUAAUUAAAUACAUGUCUGUCGUGAUUAAGACCAGUUUAUCCAAACCAGGUAGUUAUGCAGUUGUAAGGUCACAUCGCAUGGUCUUGAUAAACUGUUGACCCUGCUGAAUCUAAUAGCGUUUAUCGUAAUGGGACUCUGAGGUGUGUUGACCAGGCACCAAAUGGGAGAUAAUGUUUUCAAAAGAAAUGUUGAUAGAUUGUCAAGUCUAGGUAUUUUCGCCUCUGUACUUUCUCUCAUCUGGUACCUGCGUACUAAACCUGACCUUAGUGAACUGAACUUUUAAAGACCGUGGGUAACUAAAUCUAGUUCAAAGCACAUUUCUGUAUCAACUAGGUGUGGGGUGAAGUGGCCCCUAGGGCCUAGAUGCAGAUUUUGAGUCUGUUUCGCAUUUCCCUGACUAAUGGUUAAGGUUAGGAUUGGGGAAGCUGAUCCUAGAUCUGUACCUAGAGAAACUUAAUCCCGGAGCUAUGAACUGAACCUACAAAGGGCAACCGGUCAGGGACUGCGUUUCCCAGAGUUCUGUCCUCAGUGAUCUCACUCUCUUCUGUCCAUUUCGCUCCUCUCCAGUGUCAAGUCUGUGGCCCAGGAACAGAAGAACGAGAUCAUGUCCCAGCUCCAGUCCAUCCGCCACCUGAUGAAGAAGAGAGGCAUGGACUGUCCACCCCUCAACAUUGAAGGUAUGUGACCCCACCUCCUGCUGGGGCAUGUUCAUUAGGCACCAAAUGGAAGAAAACAGAUGAACAGGGAGUACCUGCGGCCUCAUUUAUCAAAGGUGCAUACGCACAAAAAAGACAACCCUGCGUUCCGCAUGUUUUCUCGCUAGGGUUGAUAUUGAUCAUAUUUGAACUUUAGGGGAAAGUGUACGUAGCUCCACACACACCUCAGACUGUGCUUACGCACAACUUCUAGUGGUUGAAGAAUUGUAUUGCAAGCAAAUAUUGUUCUUUUGGGGAAGCUGCGUUGCUUGGUGACACAGGAAUUACUGUAAUUAAUAACAAUGCUAAUAAACACAUUCAAGCAUAAUGAUAAAACAGAUGCACAUUUUCCGUUGGUAAGGAGAUCGGUGGCCUUGUAUAUUUAUUUUUCUUUCAUUAUGUAAAUCAUAGUCAUAUUGCAGGACAUCUCCUUUUCAGACAUGAAUUGUUUAUUCCUGCUACCAUACAGUGGGGGAAAAAAGUAUUUAGUCAGCCACCAAUUGUGCAAGUUCUCCCACUUAAAAAGAUGAGAGAGGCCUGUAAUUUUCAUCAUAGGUACACGUCAACUAUGACAGACAAAAUGAGAAUUUCUUCCAGAAAAUCACAUUGUAGGAUUUUUAAUGAAUUUAUUUGCAAAUUAUAGUGGAAAAUAAGUAUUUGGUCAAUAACAAAAGUCCCUCAAUACUUUGUUAUAUACCUUUUGUUGGCAAUGACACAGGUCAAACGUUUUCUGUAAGUCUUCACAAGGUUUUCACACACUGUUGCUGGUAUUUUGGCCCAUUCCUCCAUGCAGAUCUCCUCUAGAGCAGUGAUGAUUUGGGGCUGUCACUGGGCAACACAGACUUUCAACUCCCUCCAAAGAUUUUCUAUGGGGUUGAGAUCUGGAGACUGGCUAGGCCACUCCAGGACCUUGAAAUGUUUCUUACGAAGCCACUCCUUCGUUGCCCGGGCGGUGUGUUUGGGAUCAUUGUCAUGCUGAAAGACCCAGCCACGUUUCAUCUUCAAUGCCCUUGCUGAUGGAAGGAGGUUUUCACUCAACAUCUCACGAUACAUGGCCCCAUUCAUUCUUUCCUUUACACGGAUCAGUUGUCCUGGUCCCUUUGCAGAAAAACAGCCCCAAAGCAUGAUGUUUCCACCCCCAUGCUUCACAGUAGGUAUGGUGUUCUUUGGAGGACAAAGAAUGCUGAGUUGCAUCCAAACACGACGAGUUGAGUUUUUACCAAAAAGUUCUAUUUUGGUUUCAUCUGACCAUAUGACAUUCUCCCAAUCCUCUUCUGGAUCAUCCAAAUGCACUCUAGCAAACUUCAGACGGGCCUGGACAUGUACUGGCUUAAGCAGGGGGACACGUCUGGCACUGCAGGAUUUGAGUCCCUGGCGGCGUAGUGUGUUACUGAUGGUAGGCUUUGUUACUUUGGUCCCAGCUCUCUGCAGGUCAUUCACUAGGUCCCCCCGUGUGGUUCUGGGAUUUUUGCUCACCGUUCUUGUGAUCAUUUUGACCCCACGGGGUGAGAUCUUGCGUGGAGCCCCAGAUCGAGGGAGAUUAUCAGUGGUCUUGUAUGUCUUCCAUUUCCUAAUAAUUGCUCCCACAGUUGAUUUCUUCAAACCAAGCUGCUUACCUAUUGCAGAUUCAGUCUUCCCAGCCUGGUGCAGGUCUACAAUUUUGUUUCUGGUGUCCUUUGACAGCUCUUUGGUCUUGGCCAUAGUGGAGUUUGGAGUGUGACUGUUUGAGGUUGUGGACAGGUGUCUUUUAUACUGAUAACAAGUUCAAACAGGUGCCAUUAAUACAGGUAACGAGUGGAGGACAGAGGAGCCUCUUAAAGAAGAAGUUACAGGUCUGUGAGAGCCAGAAAUCUUGCUUGUUUGUAGGUGACCAAAUACUUAUUUUCCACCAUAAUUUGCAAAUAAAUUCAUUAAAAAUCCUACAAUGUGAUUUUCUGGAUAUUUUUUUCUCAAUUUGUCUGUCAUAGUUGACGUGUACCUAUGAUGAAAAUGACAGGCCUCUCUCAUCUUUUUAAGUGGGAGAACUUGCACAAUUGGUGGCUGACUAAAUACUUUUUUCCCCCACUGUACGACAAAUAAUUACCAUUCAAUAGGCCAAGCUACCUGAAAGGAAAUAGCCUAGGCUGCCGGUCUAUUUAAAGUAUUUGACAGUAGGCUAUGGGGUAGAGUAUUUCUGUGCAGGAGUGUGACAUCAUAACCUAUCAAACCUCAGAGCCUAUACCAAGGCAGGAGAUAGAAACGCGAUCAUCUAUUGAUAAACAAAAUAUUGAACAACAGUUUGUCUUUUGCGUUGAAGCAGUGUGGGCUAUAGCACUUAGUUGAACGUUUCUCUAAUGGACAGUCAAUCUGGCGCAAUUCACGGCCAGAGUUUGGCUCUCGCAUGUUUAGUUUGAAAAAGUCACUGCAAAAGAUGAAAACAUUCUGCCAACACCUCCACAGAAAUGUGAUCAAAUUGACCAUUGCCCUUUCUUUUAGAAACCGCAGCUGCCUAGUUCCAAUUCAUACCGCAAAUGAGGGCCUUUUUGUCACCAUAAAAGGUGAAUACACAGUGUUUUCCAGGCAGGGUUGUAAUGUUUGUUCACGUUUGCGCAUCUAUGGUUCUGAUUAAUCAAUGAGAACAUUGAGCGCUAGUCUGAUCAAUUCCAUUAAUUUGUUGCGUACGCAAAUCCUAGGAUUUCAACGUGCCCAGAGUUUAGUUAGAAAAUCAGCAUGGUUGUUAAAUGAGUCCCCUGGACAAAAAUAAAUACAUUUUUGUUUUAUGUUGCAAAAAAAAUUACAAAUAUAUUCAAUGUUUUCUUUUGCGUUCCCUAUUUUAUAUUAUCCUGUUUUUUUUGGUAUGGUGGGGUAUCCAAAAUGGGCCAGCUUUGAGCACCUCUAUCUCCUAAAUGGUUUGGAAUUCAGGUCCAAAAAGUAACUUUCUGACCAUUUAAUACAGUGAACAAACAUGUAUGGAUUUUUUAUUUUUUUUAUUCAAUGAACUUUAUUUGUCCUGUGGAAAAUGAGUUGGGCAGGAAGAGUCACACGCCAUCAUACAUGAUCCACAUGAGCAAUAUUGACAUCAAAACAUGACAUGUAAGCCGUAUCUUUACCUGACUCCAACACACCCAUCCUGAAAUGGGAUGACUCCAACACACCCAUCCUGAAAUGGGGUGACUCCAACACACCCAUCCUGAAAUGGGUUACCUGACUCCAACACACCCAUCCUGAAAUGGGUUACCUGACUCCAACACACCCAUCCUGAAAUGGGGUACCUGACUCCAACACACCCAUCCUGAAAUGGGUUACCUGACUCCAACACACCCAUCCUGAAAUGGGUUACCUGACUCCAACACACCCAUCCUGAAAUGGGUUACCUGACUCCAACACACCCAUCCUAAAAUGGGGUACCUGACUCCAACACACCCAUCCUGAAAUGGGGUACCUGACUCCAACACACCGAUCCUGAAAUGGGUUACCUGACUCCAACACACCCAUCCUGAAAUGGGGUGACUCCAACACACCCAUCCUGAAAUGGGUUACCUGACUCCAACACACCCAUCCUGAAAUGGGGUGACUCCAACACACCCAUCCUGAAAUGGGGCGCCUGUUUGCGGUGACUGUGGCGCAUGGUCGCAACUUUUGCUCUUUUCCAUCUUUCAGAGCCGCAGUGCGAGAGGAACCUGGAUGACCUCAUCGAGUCUCUGGCAGCCCACGACGACACCCCGCCAGAGGGGGUCGCUUCUGCGGCAGACGAACAAAGUGGUGUUGGGAAAGAGGCACCAGAGCCAGUCCACCACCAGCAUCACCACCCCGAAGCCAAGGACGAGUACUCAGCGACAGACGCUGGAGGGGAGGAGGAGCAGCUGGAGGAGGAGGAGGAGGAGGAUAAAGAUGACAGUGAGGUCAUGCCCUCCUUGGAGGAUUCUUGUGAAACAAACAUUGAGGUCAUAGGGGUAGCACAGAGCAUUCCAGAAGAAAUGCCUACAACUGGGCUCAGACGACGCAACAGGCCGGAAUGA